AUGCUUCUUUGGUCAAAUAACAUCAAGCCUCCAGUUAAAGCUCGUAUCGCUACUCUUCAACAGUUACUUCCCCGUUUGGGAGACAAAAUUCCAGUCGGGCCUACCAGUGGUCUAGACCCCUCUGGUCUAGUGAGCGCUGCCGCAGCUGCAGGGGGAAUUCCACCCACUGGAAAACUUCCCACUGUUGACGCCGCUUGGGACCUUCCCAUCCCAUCGGAACUCACUCAAAGACAAAUCCAACUCAUGCUCCAAGAGGCCAACAGAUCACAAUGCUCGGCUUUCAAUAACAGUGCAGAGCACUGGUCCGCUCUCCUAAAGAAUAAUGUUAUUAAGUUAGAAGAGGACGAGAUGGAGGGGGAGAAUGAGAAAGUUGUUGAAGAGAUCGAUAAAGGGGAAGAAACAGGAGGAGAGAAGGAGACUGGGAUAGAUAAUGCCGAAGCCGAAAUAAUUCCAAGACCUAUAAAACGAAUGAAAAUUGAGGAAGGCGCUGAAGAUGUUGCUCUGCAACAAAAAUCAGAAAAGCGAAGUUUAUCUUCAUCGGAUGAAGACGAUUUUCCGACUACGGAAGAGAUCAACACCCUUUACUCCCUCAUGUACCUAGCUAACAGUAUGACUGCUAAACAACGUCGACAAUAUGAAGCAAUACAUAGAAAGGCAUUCAAUUACCUUAUCUACAAGAAACAACACCCUGAAGAGACACUGAAGGAUCCAUUCUAUGAAGUUGAUCCAAGUAUCUUUAAACGCCAACAAAGCACUAAUUCUAAUUCUGAGAGUGGUGGAAGGAAGGAUAGUGCAUCCGAGGGCUCUACUGGAAAAGAAAAAAAUCCUAAUGGUGAUGAAAAAGAAUGUCAAAAGUUGGAAAACGAGCAGAAUCACCAGAGUCAACAACAACAACAGCAGCAGCAGAAUCCGGAGGAUGCUACUGUUGCAGAUUUGCUCUCAGUGGCUGCGAAUGAUGCUGGAUUGGGUGCUGACCAGUUGCCUGAUGAUGAUUUCUCUCUAUUCACUGAUGAUGAUAUAUUUGCUCAGCUUAAUGGCACUGGGGAUGAUCUGGAUAUUGCUCUCUUUCAUAACCCUCCUGGAUCCGCAAAUGGUGGAGCUGAAGGUGGUUUGUCAUCGAACAGUGCACCUGUAGUAUCUGAACCAGAUGCAACGUCGACGGAGAAUGAUAUCCAGCAUCAAGACUCCAUCCUUCAAAUGAAACAGGAGACAACGACUUCGACGUCGACGGGCCAACAUCUGCAACAAGGUACUCAUUGUGGCCCUGCUACCAUGGCAAAUACCCCUAGUUCAAAUAUACCAAAUGAGGUUUCACAGAAACCCUCUGCACCUACAAAAUACGUCAAGAGUCUGAAAGCGAUAUUGAUCAAACCCCUGCCUCAACCGAAAUGGCCGUUGCGGGAACUGAAUAGCUCGAUGAGUGCUAAACAGGCGAGGAGCAACUUUUGUGCUUUGAUUAAUUUUGACUAUAUUAAUAUAAUUGAUUCAGUGUCAGGCCUCGGACGUCUGGAUGGUCCCUGGUGGAAUAGCCUUCUACCCGAGACUGAUGCUCUACCAUCUCCGCCCGACAGCCCCAGUCCUCCCUGUCCAAUGGACAAACUACUUCCCCCGACACCGUGUAUCUGCGUGGAUAAACGCAAGGACGCAAUGUCUGCUGACCUGGCCAAGUUCUGUCUUACUCAGCCUGUUGUGGUUAUUCGCGGUAUGACGAAUGCUCUCAGAAUGGACCUGGCUUUCUUUUCGACCAAAGCUCUUGUUGAUGCGAAUCCUAAUCAGCGGGUUAAGAUCCAUACACAAUCACCAAAUGCAAAUGGCACCAAAACUAAAUUACCUGAUGCUCCCAGUCCUACGGAGGCGAAUUUGGCUGAGUUGAGCCCCUGGUAUUUAGAAUCACCACGUUCUCUAAGCACUAUCCAGAGAUAUGCGAAUUACCAAGCAUCUUCGUUCAAGGUCGCUGUGAAGGAUGAGAAGCAAGGUGAAAAAUCUACUGCUUCUAGGAUGUUACCAAAUUUAAAAUCUGAGAUGGUUCAACGCUAA